CUUUUAUAAACUCAGUUUUUAUUCUCUCUCUCUUUCGGUUUAAAAAAUUGUGUUAGAUAGAUCUUGGUAAUGACAUCCAACAAUGUUAAGUUGUUAGGCGUAUGGUGGAGCCCUUUUGUAAUUCGUGUUAGAGUGGCUCUUAACCUUAAGUCAGUAGACUAUGAUUUUAUUGAGGAGACAUUCAUGUCUAAGAGUGAGCUUCUCCUAGAGUUAAACCCCGUUAACAAGAAAAUACCAGUCUUGGUUCAUAAUGACAAACCUAUCUGCGAAUCUAUAAUCAUUGCUCAGUAUAUCGGUGAUGUUUGGAAUACCUCUGGAUCCCCCAUCUUCCCUUGUGAUCUUUAUGGUCGAGCCGUUACCAAGUUUUGGUCCGUUUACAUCGAUGAUAAGAUAUUUCCGAUUUCACGAAGUAUAUCACUCGCGGGGGUCAAAGGAGUCGAGAAAGAGGUCAUAUGUAACCUUGUUGAAGCAUUAGCUCCAUUGGAGGAUAUCUUCAAGGGUUGCAGCAAAGGCAAGAAGUUCUUUGGCGGAGAUAGGAUUGAGUAUCUCGACAUUGCUUUGGGAAGCCUCAUAGGUUGGUUCAAGGUGACCGAUGAGUUUAACGACGUUAAACUGUUUGACGAAACCAAGUUUCCCAAUUUGUCCAGUUGGGUUGACAACUUUGUUGUUAAUGAUGCUGUUAAAGAUGUCUUACCUCCAGGCUCCAGCUGACAAGUUUGUGGAGUUUGCCAAGAUGUUCUUUAGCAAAGUACCCCAAUCUAAUUAGGUUGUUUUUUCUGCAUGUUUCAUGUUCUUUCCAUUACCCAAGCACUCCAUUGUCUACAACUUCUUGACUGAAUAAGAUUAAAACAAGCUUUUAGUA